GUGCCAGGGUGCAGCCAAUGGGCCGCACAGCUUCGAGGCUUUCAGAGAAGUUUCACUUCGCUGCCACUUGGACUACAGCAAGUGCCAACUUCGCCUGUUCAGGCUCCGUGCAGCUCCAAUGACUUCUUGCGACAGGCGCUCAAAGUGGAGGAAAGGGCCGCUCAAGGCUCAAGCUAUUUGAAGGAGCUGGUUAGCGUUGAACGUCCUGCUAUGGAGCUGAUGAAUAAGACCAACCGCACGUCUGGCCCGGAAAAAAAGAAGGAAGAGGAUGGGCGAACGUGCAAACCGUGGCAACUUCUCUCACAGGAUUUCUGUGAUCCAGGUGCCCCGAUCAGAUUCGUUUCUUCGAGGGCGCUUGGGACGUCUAAGGGGUUUGCCCACGUUAACGCGAAGGCCACGGUCAAUAAGGUGUGCCAAGCGGUCCAUGGUAGAAAGCCUCGUGACGGGCAUCAAGUGAAAUUUGGAGGCCGCAUGACCUUUGUGGGGAUGGUGAGCUCGGCGGUGAACCAGAUGCUGCCAGAUGCCAAGCCAGGACUACUUAGUACGGACCUUGUACGUUGCCAGCAUGGUGGGCAGGUGAAGAGUGAGGCCAUCUUUACCCCCUCUUGGCGAACGUGUCUCUGA